GCCUCUGCGCGGGGAGACCGACUCCCAGAGAGGGAGAGACGGGCAGGAAGUCCGCGGCGAAACGGCGGACCCGGGCUCGGCCACCUCGAGUGCCACUGUUUCCAGGCGGUUCCUGAGGUCUGUGAAACAGUAGUCUUCGCAGGUGCCUGCCCCUCUGUUCUCGGCCCCCAAUACUAGCCCUCGGGGCAUCCCAGCCUGGAAAAAUGAGGACCCGGAGGUGGAAAGACCCCGGCCUCGAGGAGGCGGGGCACAGCCAGGGUGCGAGAACACGGCCCACCAGGGCAACCCAGCUGUGAACCCGGGUUCACAGUGGCUUCACUUCCAAUCUUUUAGGGGUGAGUGCGGGGCGGAGCAGGAUGGCGCUGGUGACCCGGAGACUGAGGUGGGGAAGGGGAGGGAGAUACGUGGUGGGACCCUGUCCUCCUCCUCCCCACCUGCUCCGCAGUUCAACCGAGGCUCGAAAAGACAGAAUAUCUGGUAGAGCAGCAAUCACAGCCUCUCUGUGCCGCCUGGUGGCCACAAGGAAGAAAGGCAAGAGCCAGUGACCCUGUUGAGAAAGGGAAGGAAACUCGCAUAUAGGGGCAAUUGCCGCUAUGGCUCUGGGUGAGUUGGUGUCUGGCCAACAAGUGAAUCUGCCACCCCAUCUGCCCGAAGGGUACCAUCCCCCAGCUCACCCAUUCUGCCCUGGUGCCUUGGAUCCCGCCUCUCCCACAUGUCCCCCAUGAUUUUCUGCUCCUCCUGCUCCUGCUGGACUGGGCCUGAGUCACUUCCCAGGCGGGACUCUGGGAAAGGCUGCGCGGGACCCACGGUCACAAGUGACAGGCUCGGGCUGCAGUGCCGGCUCUCCGUCUCCCAGCUAGCCAGGCCUUCCCAGGUGACAUCAGGAUAAGCCACUGGCCCCCAGCGGCCACAGUAUUCCUCUCUGAGCCCCAGGACCCACGGGGGAAGAAAGGCUGUGAUCCCCCGGCGGGGGAGAACCACAGGAUUAAAACCAGGUGCCCUGCCCCCCACACACACCCAGCAUCCUGGCCCAGUCCCAGCUCUAGGGCCUCAUUUUACUUCUGCCUCCCUUUCCUCAAACAACACACAUUUUCCACUCAGCUGGGGGCCAGGAAAGGAUGAAUGUGCGCCUCAAGGAUGAUGACUGCUCUGGCAAGGCUCCCUGUGGCAGAGAGGGGUGACCUUCCCUCAGCCCAGUGUCCUCAUGGCGUGAGCCCUCGCAGGGCCCCUCACAUCAGGCUCUGAUUCUUCCUCUGUAUAAGGAGACCACUGGGCAGCUGAGCCCGGAGGCUCCUGCCUGGACUGACCCUGCAGAGCCACAAAGAAUCACAUCAUUUUGAAAUACUCAUGGCAGAGGAAGGGGCCAUCCUCACCAGGAACCUGAAAGCUGCUGUCUCCGCCAUCCUCCAGGGCUACCCUGGCGGGCAGCCUCCAGUGACAGAUGCCAGCGCUGAGCUGCACAGACUCUGUGGCUGCCUGGAGCUGCUGCUACAGUUUGACCAGAAAGAGCAGAAGAGCCUCUUGAGGCCUCGGAAGGAUUACUGGGACUUCCUCUGCUCUGGCCUACGGCAACAGCGGGGCAGCACGGAGCCGGCCCGCUUCGUCUGCUCACAGGACAAGUUGAAGACUUCUCUAGCAAAAGGCCGUGCCUUCAUCCGCUUCUGCCUAGCCCACGGACAGCUGGCCGAGUCCCUGCAGCUCUGCCUUCUGAACCCCGAGCUCACCAGGGAAUGGUAUGGCCCCCGGAGCCCUCUGGUGUGCCCUGAACUCCGGGAAGACCUCCUGGAUUCUCUCUAUGCUCUCAAUGGAGUGACCUUCGACUUGAACCUGCGGUGGCCGGACCUAGAUGAAGCCUGGCCCAUGUUCUCAGAGUCCUGCUGCCCCAGCCGGACCCAGGGAAGAAGACCCAGAAAGACCAAAGACUCCCCAAAGCAGCUUCCUAGCACCAGGUACGGAUACCGUGAGGACUCAGCCUGUGCCCAGAAGGGGGAACACACUGCAACGCCACCUGUUAAGUGCGGUGAUGCAGCCAUGCACGGAGGAACAGGGGAGCCUGGAGACGGCUUCUCAGGAGAGAUCUCAGCCACACGUGGAAACCCCACAGCAGUCCAGCCAGAGGAGCUGCACACUAGCCAAACCAGCUGUCUGCAAGAUGCACCCAGGGAAGACUGGUUAGCCGGACUCCCCAGGUCCCAGCAACAAAGGCACCUUCCUCCCUAUUUGGAAAAGAAAAGAGAAGAUCCCAGGAGCCUCGGGUCCUCCCAGGGCAUGUGGGAACCAGCAGGGGAGGAACUUCAGCAAGCCCAGGAGAAAGGAGCCCCAAGAACUGGGAUCUGCCUGGAGAUUUCAACACCCAGCAUCCAGGAACAGGGAGAGGGGUCUGAGGGGGCUCCAAAGGAGGUGACAGGCACAGAGGCCAAGGGCAGAAGGAUUCUUCCCAGUGCGGAGGGGACUCAUGAAGGGGGAGCAGAGCGGGGUCAUGUCCGUAGGCUACUGGCCUCCAGCCCUACAGGGACAAUAGAGGACACAAUGUCAGGGAACCAGCAAGAGUGGGAGGUGCCUAGCAUUCCAGGGGAGCCCCGGGUCCUUUGGGGCCUGGGAACAAAGGAAGACUUCACCCCAGAGGAACCACAGGAGGAAACAGGAGAGACCAGUGUGACCAGGAGGAAGGAGCAAGCAGAAGUGGCCUUGCAGGAUGUGGUCAAGAGCCUGAGACGUGGGCUCCGGAAGACCGAGGAGCGGGCGCAGCACCAGGAGCAGCUGCUGAAGGAGAAGGAAGGGGAGCUGCGGACACUACAGGAGCGGCUCAGCAGGUGUCAGGAAGAGAGGGCCCGGCUGCAGACAGAGCUGGAGCAGAAUCAGCAGGAGGCUGAGAGGAGGGACGCCAUGUAUGAGAAGGAGCUUGGAGGGCAGCGGGACCUGGUCCACGCCAUGAAGAUGAGGGUGCUGGAACUGAUUCAUCUGAUGUGGCAGUUAGCUUCCUGCCCCAUCCUUCCUAAAGAGAAGCCACAAGUCAACCACCCCUGUCCACUGUUGAAGCUCCAGCAGCUUAAACAUGAAAUCAUGACCAUGGAUCCUCAGAUGUUUGAGAAGAGUCUAGAACAUAGAAGCAGAGACAAAGGUAAACAAAAAAGAUCGGUCUCCUAUGAAACAGGAUAAUGUGAAAAGUGACCUACAAAAGAUGAGAAAUGUUCUUGGAAAUUAAAAAUAUCUCUGAAAUUUUAACUCGAGGAUAGGAAGAGGAAGAGGAGGCUAUCUCUCAAAAUGUAGAAUAAAAGGCAUAAAAAGACGGAAUACAUGAAAGAGAUAGUUAGAAACAUAAAGAAUCAUUCCAGGAGAUUCACUAUCUCACUAUCUCUUCUCCAACUGAUAAGAAUUCAAAAAAAAAAAAAGAGAGAGAGAGAGAGAGAGAAUAUAAGAUAAAAGUAUGCGAGACUUUCCAGGCUCUAAUGGUUGCAGAUCUUCAGAUGUAAAGAUUUCACUGAGUGACCAGCACAAUAAGUGAAAGGGAGCAAAACCCACAUUGAGAUACACUGUUGUGAAAUCGCCAUAAAACAAAGAUGAGGACAAUAUACUCAAAGACACGUCACCUAUAAAGGAAGUAGGACACAGAAAAACAUGUUAAGAAUCAAUGGUGCAAUACUUUCAAGUUCUGAGGAAAGCUAACUUUUGCCCUAGAAUUCUAGAUCCAGCCAAACUAUAAAACAAGCAGAGAAGGUGAUAUGGGAAAAGACAUUUUUCAGAAAGACAGGUUAUAGAAAAUUUACCUCCCACAGGGCCCUUCUUGGGAAGUUAAUUAAGGAUGUGCUUCGGAAAAACAAGGAAGUAAGCUUGGCUUACCAAGAAAGAAGAUGUGGAAUUCAGGAAACAGUAGCUCUAGCCCGGGAGAGAAGAAAAGGGAAUUUCCAAGAUGACAAGUGGCUGUCAAACCCAAGGAGCAGUACAUCCAGGCUGAAACAGAAGUACUGAGGAGGAAGGUCUCCGGGGAAAAAGAGAAUCAAUGCCAUACCUGAUAUGAUGAAGAAUUUGUUGAGGAGAGGGAACAAUUAGGCUGUGUUAAAGGCAAGUCAUGCAAGGACUUUGCAAGGAGCAAAGAAAGGCAAUUAAAAAGUCCUGGAAAAACAAAAAAUUUCCAAGGAAAUGUUUAGAACACAUCUUAGCUCUCCUUGAAGCAAUAUGCUUAUAUAUUUUCUAAUAAUACAAAUACUAUUUUUUGGUUUUUUCAAUGUUAGAAUCAACCUAAAGACAAAGCACAGUAAACAAUUGUAAUUAUAGAACAAAUGUAAUGUUAUUACCUAAACAACAUUAAGUACACAAAAUAGAAGCCAAUAGAAAUUUCUGUGAAGAUGGAAAUGUUCUAUACUCGCCCUGUCCAAUACAGCAGCUACCAGUCACAUGUAGUGACCGAGUACCUCAAAUGUGUCUGAUGUGACUGAGGAACUGAAGUUCUAAUUUUAGUUAAAUGAAAUAUAAAGUUAAGUAGCCCCAUGUGGCUAGUGGCUACCAUAUUGGACAUAGCAGGAAUAGAUAACGAGUAGGAGGUGGAUGAAGGAGGCCAACCGAAGAGGAAGUGAUGCUGGUAUCAUCAUAUUACAGAAUGGCAGUCAGGAUGCUAUCUGUGCUUCACAGAAUGAGUGAGAAAUAAAUGUGUGAGUAUAUUCUGUAAAACUACAGUAGUAAUAGAGGAACCAAAAAUAGGGAUAUAGCCGCAUGGGGAGGAAGGAGGUGGAGUUAGUGGGGAUGGUAAUAAACAAGCUAAGUCCUCUGACAUCAAGGUAAGGAGCUCUGUAGAUGUUCUCUCUUGACAUAUCAAAAAAAAGAGGAUAUGAGCAUAUUACUUAAGUGUGGAAGUAAUAUCAAAGAGAAAAAGCGACAAGUGUAAGAGGUGGUUUGCCAUUGAGAAUGGAAGGAGUAGGGAGGGUGUCUAUUUCCUUUUGAUAUAAGUUCUUCUGCACUGUUGGAUUUUUAAAUCGUGUGUAUAUAUCAUCUUGAUAAAAAAAGAAAGACUUUAAACCCACAUUCCUAAACAUCCUUUAAAAAAAAAACAGUAAAGAUAGUUUUGCAGGAGUAUAACA